UCCCUCUCUUUUCCUCUCUACCCUCUCCAGUCUCUCUACACUCUACGCUUCCCUUCUUCUCUUCUCUUCUCUUCUCUCUCCAAAAAGGCACUACACGCCAUUUAUCUUCAUUUCCUAGUCCUACAACACAAACACAAACACAAACACAAACGCACUUUCUCUUUUUCUCAAUCCCUUUGUCUCUUUGUGGCUUCGCUUCUCCAUAUUUUAACCUCGCCUUUGCUACCAUGAACCAAUAGCUCUCUCUUUCUCUCUUGUUUUAUUUUAUGGCGUAUCAUAACCACAACCUCUCUCAAGACCUACCAUUCCACCAUUUGACAGAGCAAUCCAACGUUAACGCCGGUGGCUCCGGCCCACACGAACACCACUCUCUCCAAACCGCACCUAAUUGGCUCAACAACGCCCUCCUUCGCACCCACUACACCGACAACAAUAACGCAAACAACGACACCAACGUUAACGCCCCCAACGGUAACAACGCUUCCAAUUUCCUCAACCUCCACACGGCUUCCGAAUCCACCGCCGUCCAUUCCUCCGGCCAAUGGCUCGCCCCUCGCCCGAUCCUCCACCGAAACCACAGCGAAGUCAUCGAUAACGUCGCUUCCGCCGCCGGUGACUCCAUCGUCGCCGGCAGGCCUGCCGCCUUUUCCCACGAUUCCGCAGAUUUGAAGGUUGCCGCCGGCGACAACCUCGGCAGCAAGACCGAGGCAGUGGUCGGCGAUGUCGACGGCGGCGGCGGAGGCCUGGCGAACUGGCAGAUUGGUAGGUGCAAGGCGGAGAUUCUGGCGCACCCGCUUUAUGAACAGCUGUUGUCGGCACACGUGGCAUGCUUGAGGAUCGCCACGCCGGUGGACCAGCUGCCGAGGAUCGACGCUCAGCUGGCGCAGUCGCAGAAUGUGGUGGCCAAGUACUCGGCUUUCGGACAUGGGGCUCAGAACAUGGUUGGGGAUGACAAGGAACUCGACCAGUUUAUGUCGCAUUAUAUUUUGUUGCUCUGUUCCUUCAAAGAACAAUUACAACAACAUGUCCGUGUUCAUGCUAUGGAAGCAGUAAUGGCUUGUUGGGAGAUAGAGCAGUCCUUACAAAGUCUAACAGGAGUUUCACCCGGAGAAGGUACAGGGGCAACAAUGUCUGAUGACGAAGAUGAACAAAUAGAUAGUGAUGUUAAUCUGUUUGAUGGUAGUUUUGACGGCUCAGAUAACAUGGGAUUUGGCCCUCUUAUUCCUACAGAGAAUGAGAGGUCCCUCAUGGAGCGUGUAAGACAAGAAUUAAAGCAUGAAUUGAAACAGGGUUAUAAGGAGAAAAUUGUGGACAUAAGAGAGGAAAUUUUACGCAAGAGACGAGCUGGGAAACUUCCUGGUGACACAACCUCUGUCCUUAAAGCUUGGUGGCAAUCACAUUCCAAGUGGCCUUACCCUACAGAGGAAGAUAAGGUAAGGUUGGUGCAGGAAACUGGUUUGCAAUUAAAGCAGAUUAAUAAUUGGUUUAUCAAUCAAAGAAAGAGGAAUUGGCACAGCAAUCCUUCAACUUCUACUGUCUUGAAGAGCAAGCGCAAAAGAAGUAAUGCAGGUGAUAAUAGUGUUGAUCGUUACAUGUAAAUGGAGCAGAAGUCAAAAACCAAUCCCUGAAUGUACUCUGUCAGCUCUUUCUCGUUCUUCAAUCAUGUUGCGGGAAAAGGUAAUCAUGGGAAGACAAUGAGAAGGAACCACAUUUUGUUACAGUUUAUGAGCCAGGGUCAAAACUCAUAAGGAGAAUGGUAAUCUUGAUGAACCAUUUUUUGAAGGCCUACACAUGGUUUUAGUACUCGUGAUGCUGCAUAAUUAGGAAGUUCAAUUAGGAAUUAUAUACCGAAACCAAAUUGGGUAACUCAACAGGAUUAUGAUUUUUGUUCACAUUUUAAUGCUUGUGAAAUAUAUAUAAUAGUAAAGGGUUGUGGGUGUACAGUAAGGAGCUGUGCGUUUUUCCUUAUAAUCAUACUAAUUUUGUUUUUCUUCUUUAAGUUGGUAUUUGAUAUGUAGAGGUCAAAUUGUUGUAGAAAUGGUAUAAGUUUUUGGAUCCAUUUUAAAUUUCUUCGUUGUCAUGGUGUUGCAAGUCAUAAACUUUUUAAUCUGUCGGCGGUUGGAGGAUAAAUAUUUGUGUGGUGGAUUCUUGUGAUUUGACUUGUAUAUGGAUUUGCUGUGUGAAAUUUUUGAUUGGAGUAGAGACCG